AUGUUGGAGGGCUGGGAUGCCAGAGAUACGGGACAGGCAACGGAACCUGUGAGGGAUGAGGUACCUCAUGAUGAUAAGGUACCUCAUGAUGAUAAGGUACCUCAUGAUGAUGAGGUACCUCAUGAUGAUAAGGUACCUCAUGAUGAUAAGGUAUCUCAUGAUGAUAAGGUACCUCAUGAUGAUGAGGUACCUCAUGAUGAUGAGGUACCUCAUGAUGAUGAGGUACCUCAUGAUGAUGAGGUACCUCAUGAUGAUGAGGUACCUCAUGAUGAUGAGGUACCUCAUGAUGAUGAGGUACCUCAUGAUGAUGAGGUACCUCAUGAUGAUAAGGUAGGUCAUGAUGAUAAGGUACCUCAUGAUGAUAAGGUAGGUCAUGAUGAUGAGGUACCUCAUGAUGAUGAGGUAGGUCAUGAUGAUGAGGUACCUCAUGAUGAUGAGGUACCUCAUGAUGAUAAGGUAGGUCAUGAUGAGGUACCUCAUGAUGAUGAGGUACCUCAUGAUGAUGAGGUACCUCAUGAUGAUGAGGUACCUCAUGAUGAUGAGGUACCUCAUGAUGAUGAGGUACCUCAUGAUGAUGAGGUACCUCAUGAUGAUGAGGUACCUCAUGAUGAUAAG